AUGCAAAAGUCAAUCCUGUUCCUUUUGGCCGCACAAUGCGCCCAGGUGCUCGGCCAGCCCUAUUCGGUGCCACCAUCCGAUUUGGCCUCGCAGACGGACGACCACCACCCGACCUUGGUCGAUCGUUCCUAUGGCGAAAUUUUGCAGGUCCUGGAAAUUCGUCAUGGGGACGAUAGCGACUCGGACAAGGCGAGGAUUGUUGUUCGGGCUACAACAGCGACUACCACAGACUCGACGAUGUCUACCACUGAUAGCACCACAUCAACUAUUUCGGAGACAACCACUUCGUCCACAACAUCAUCAACGACCACUUCAGAGACUACCACUUCAACUACCACAUCAUCAACCACGACAUCUGCGACUACCACGUCGACUACCAGCGGAUCGACCACCACGAGUACUGCCUCCACGACCACGAGCACCAGCACCGCAACUGCGACCAGCACGGAGAGCACGGCGAUGAAGGCAUACAACCACAAGGGCAACAUCGCCGCCAUCAUCUUCGGUGUCUGCCUGAUCUCCCUCUUCCUUGGCAUCAGCAUCAUCCACUGCGCUCGAGACCGAGCCAAGUCGCGACGGAUUGCCGCCAGAGAAUUGCUGAAGGCCUCUGCUGUGUCCAGCGAGCCAUUGGCGCAUUCCAAAACCAACUCUACCGCCAACCUCCUCCCAGAGCGAUCCUCCAUGAUGUUCAAACAGAAUCCCUUUACCGACUCCUGCCCUCCGCAGAGCGCCACAUCCCCCACGCCCGACAAUAAUGUGCCGGCGAAUAGUAAGGGUCAUAUCAUGGAGCAUGGCACUGCUGGAACUGCUAACCCGCACCGUAUGUCGUUGGUUUAA